AAAAGGUCGUUCCCUCCUCUCUCUACUUUCUCUCUCUAAAAAUUUUCCCUCUCCAGAAUUUGCAGCCAAUGGAGAUGGCAAUGGAAGAGUCACAUUCGCAUGGCGCUGUGGCUAGGGUUUCGGGGGCUUUCUGUGCGAAUCGACGAACAAUACGUGUUCCGGGAAGCUGUAUACGAAGUACGCAACGAAGUUGUAAGUUUAGGGCUUUCUAAGCGUCUUUCCCCGGGGUUUCUAUCUCCGUUUCUUUGGUUUUAAUUUCGAAGAAUUCGAGUCAAGAUCUGUGGAGAUUCUGAGAAUUUCUUGCUUUCAAGAAUCAUUUCUAGGGAUUUGUGGUGAACUGGCCUCGAGAUUUGAAUUCUAGGGUUUCUGGGAAGUUAUGGUGAUGUUUGGUUUUUCUAGGGUGUAAUUUAUGCUUCUUGAAAGCUCUUUGGUUUGUGGAUCUUGAAGGAGUUCAACCGACCGUUGAAUUUGAAAUUUGAAGUUUCGGCGGGAAAAUUUGAAUGGCGGAAAAGAUGGAAUUAGAUCUUCACGAGUUUUAUGCGUUUUGGAUUCAAACCUGAAUUCAGAUUUGUUGAUCUUGUGUUGAAUUAAGCUCGUGAAACGAGUUAUAGCGUUGCUAGGAUGUGCUUAUGGAUUUCGAGUUUGCUAAGUUUGCAUAUGGUUGUUGAAAUUUUCUACGCUUUUGGAUCCUCAAAUUGAAGAAUAUCGACUCUCUUGAGCUCAAGUUAGGAAAGUGUGAAUGGCGAGAAGGACAGAAUCAGGGUUUCUGAAGACAAGUGCUUCAAGUUUGAGAGAGCAAGCUGCAAGAACAACUCUUCGCAAUGUCAGAAUGCAAGGGCACCCAUAUGUGGAGCUUCGGGAAGAUGGUAAACGGUUUAUAUUCUUCUGUACGUUGUGUCUUGCUCCAUGUUAUAGCGAGUCAGUGCUGUAUGAUCACUUAAAGGGAAAUUUACAUUCUGAAAGGUAUGCUGCUGCUAAGGUUACUCUCCUUAAAUCGCACCCAUGGCCUUUCAAUGAUGGUGUUCUUUUCUUUGAUAACUCAUCAGAGAAUGAUAAGCAUCUAUCGAUAGCAAAUGGUAAUCCUACUAGGUUGUUAGGUACACACAAGAAUGAUAACAAUCUUGCUAUUGUCUGUCAUGGUGAUGAUUUGAGUCAAAGUAAUAAUAGAGAUGUUGAGCAACAUUCCAACAAGAAUUCAGAUUGUGAUGUCAGUUUCUAUAAUGAAAGUUUGAAUAAUGGUGGCAGAAAUUGUGAUAUGAUGAUUCCUGGUGUUAUGAUUAAAGAUGAAGUUACUGAGUUAGAAGUGAGGUUCAUAGGUUUUGGCCAAAUUGCUGCAAGGUUUUUUGAGAAGGAUGGGGUUUCAAAGGGGAUUAGUAAAAUAUGGUGUGAGUGGUUUGGGAAAGAGGAGCCUGGUGAUGGGGAAACGGUCAUGGUGCCAGACCAUGACUUUGCUGUUGUCACUUUCAAUUAUCAUUACAAUCUGGGUAGAAAGGGUUUGUUUGAUGAUGUGAUUUCCAUGUUGUCAUCUAGUCCUACAGAGGGAAGUGGAAGGAAAAGAAAGAAGUCAUUUUCUGAUCCAGAAGAUAUUAGUGAGUCUUUGAGUAAUCAAUAUGAUUCAUCUGGGGAAGAUUCUCUAAUAUCAAACAGUCCCAGUCCAAGGCUGUUGUUAGAUCGAUAUGAUGAUCAACUUUUGGAUACAAGAUUCAUAUCAAGCAAGACUAUAAGGCGAGAAUUGAGGCGCCAACAGCGCGUGGCAGCAGAAAGAAUGUGUGAUAUCUGUCAGCACAAGAUGCUCCCAGGGAAAGAUGUGGCAACACUCAUGAAUAUGAAGACAGGGAAACUUGUUUGCAGUAGUAGAAAUGUUUAUGGGGCAUUUCAUGUGUUCCAUACUUCCUGCCUUAUACACUGGAUACUUCUUUGUGAGUUUGAAAUUUUUACAAAUCAGUUGGUUUGUCCUAAACUGCGACGGAGUUCUAGGAGAAAGAGUGGAUCCAAGUGUAACGGAAAAGGAAAGGAUGGUGUGAUAAAACCUACAACUCUGCAGAUUUGCUCGGUAUUCUGCCCAGAAUGCCAGGGCACUGGCAUAAUGAUUGAAGAUGAACUGGAGAUACCAAACAUCCCGCUUUCUGAGAUGUUCAAAUAUAAAAUAAAAGUGAGUGAUGCACACCGAGCUUGGAUGAAAAAUCCUGAAGAGCUGAAGCAUUGCUCAACGGGUUUCAAUUUCCCUUCCCAGUCUGGAGAAACCGUUCAGGAAAAGGUGUCAUCGCUAAAGUUGUUGCAUUUUUAUAGUGCUGAUGAAUAGAGCCAUGCACCAAGAUCCUCCGAAACUUGCAAGUGAAUUCGAUCCAGAUGGUAGCACGUAGAUCAACCUUGUACCAAUUGUUUGGAACCCGUUGUAGAGGUAAGCAAAAUUUGAUGAAUAUCAUAGGCAGAAGUAGGGGGCAAUGAGGCAUAUUACCUUUGUAGAUGUGGAUAGCUCCUCAAUGGAUCACUCUGUAUAUACCUGUUCACUAACAGGGAUGUAUACUACUGAAGAUGUCUGCUCUGUAAAUGAAUUGGUGGUUGAUAGUAGAUUUACUCACACUUAGAAGAGUUCACAUUGUAUCUCACACUUUAGUGUU